GGAGCAAGUCAAGAGGUUGCUCUCGUCACACCAACCAGGGUCAUUCAUCGUUGCUAGAAAUGGGAACGGCGCCACCAAGACCCUUUUCCUCCGGUUACCUGAAAGUGACAAUAAGGUUGUUGACCUUUUUCCUCUUGACGACAAUCCGGGUGAGUUGGUUUGGUCCUGGAUCUUUCUGUCCCCUGGGAGGUGAACAGGGACACCUGGCAAUCUCGUGGAACAAUGCAGCAUUAAGCGGUAUUUUCAAACCAGUGCUAAAAAGAUCUUCAGUCAGUCUUAACCUUAGAAGGUAAUUAAAUGUCUUUGGAGAUUCUCCGUCAUCCAGGUCAUGGUUGUCCCAAAGGUGAUUUUUCAGGAGGCAAGUGGACUUCCUUGGUUUUUUUUUUGAAGACGUUUUGCUUCUCACCCAAGAAGCCUUCAAAUGGUGUGGGAGCAUGAAGAGAUUUCCAAACAAAUUGCAGACUACAGGAACCAUUUGCAAGACUCAGGUGACCCUGAGGUCACAGAUAAACCUUCAAGUUCCUCAAUGACUCUCUAAAACAGGGUCUCCAACCUUGGCCACUUUAACUCUGGCGGACUUCAACUCCCAGAAUUCCCCGGCCAGCAAAGCUGGCCAAGGUUAAAGUGGCCAAGGUUGGAGACCCCAGCUCUAAAAGGAUGCAAAUGACCAGCUGUCCGCAAGGAGUAUAAAUCCUUCCAUUCCCCACCAUCCAGUCAGAGCCGAAGAAGCUUCUUGGAUGAGAAGCGAAACGUCUUCGAAAGAAAAAACAAGGAAGUCCGCUUGCCUCCUGAAAAAGCACUUUUGGGUUAGAAGAGAAUGUUUUCAACUCAGGAUUAAGCUGUGGGGUCCUCGGUGCGUUCUGAGGUGGGUAGUUUUCUUGGCAGAUGUUUCAUUACCAAACUAAGUGACGUCACAACACUGAUGAUGUUUCCUAGUUUGGCAAUGAAACAUCUGCAACAAAACUACCCACCUCAGAAAGCAUCGAGGACCCCACAGUCCUCACGUUUAUGACGGAAAGAUGUUUGCUUUUCUUUCCCACAAGGAGGUUGUAUGAAUGAAUGUCUACACUUUCGGGGUUCUAGAAUUAUACAUGUAGAGGAGAAACAAGGAGCAUGGAUCCCUUCCCUUUCUUUCCCUUCUCUGCCAGCCCCCUCACCAAAAUUUCACCUCCCUUGCUCGAUCUCAUGAUGAGAACCUGAAGUGUGGGAAAUAGGAAAUGUCCAGGCUUUGAGCUACCGUUCCUCACUUCCUUGCCCCAACCAGUUGCUGGACCUCAACACUCAUCGUGUCUCUUCUGGGGAAUUUCAAAACAUCAUUUCCUUCUACUUAAAAGAGGAAGUAGUUUGGAGAAGCGCAGAAGGACCAGUUGUCGCAGGCUGCACGCUCGCCUUGUAAACUGGCGACCUCCUUAAAUUCUUGACCGAGAGACUGGCCGUUAGUUCUGUCUUUUUCCCUCCGUUCUCCGGCUCUUGCUCUUUUCUCAUCUUGCUUCCCCUGAAUUUGGUGUUCCCCGUCUCUGAACAGCCCUUCACCUCAAAGGUUCUCAGUUGUAUUUCAGAAACCUUUUGGAACUGCUUGGCUUUCACUUUGUGAGCAGGGAUAUCCUGCCUUGUUUGCUCAGGGUCGCCCACGCCUUUCAACUCCCUGGCACAGCUGAUUUAGAUGCAGUUGCCACCUUGGGCCCAACGUUCUGGGCGAUGCCUCUUAAACCUACCAAUGGCCUGGCCUCAGAUGACGCAGAAGCCAGCUGCAUGGAACCCAACGGGGACCUGCUGAAAUCCAAGCAGCCCUCGUGCUCCAUCCGCGUGACGUCCGAGGACGUGGCCCUGUGCAUCGUGAACCCCCUCUUUCUUUCCGUGCACAGUGACAUCGAAUGGCUCGACCUGGCCCCAGGCCUCUACCACUCGACACGCAGGCGGGGAUCCCGGCCGCUCGCCAAUGGCUCAGUGAGGCAAGAAGCCCCAGUUAGACUGGAACGUCUCAAGUCUCUGGAAGAGAAAGAGAAGACGGGGAAAGAGCCUCCGCCCUGCUCCGCCUCUGCGCAAGGGGAUUUCCUUCCUCGCACACGGUCCUGGAAGAGUUCGGAAACGGAGGCUCCACCGCCGUGGUCUCCCACCGUGUCCCAAAAGGAGACCCGCUCUCCCCACCGUGUUUCCUGGGUGGAAGGGAUCUCGGCCGACGCUUUUCCCUGCUUGAAAAAGGCCCGGUCUGAAUCCUUGUUGCUGAACGACUCCAUGUUGCUGCCUCUCAUCCCGGAAUUGGAUUCACUCUCCAUCAGCAGCAUGGAGGACGAGGGUGAGGGUCUCCCUCCUGCCACCCCUUCGCCACAGAAGAGACGGCGCCCCUCCUCCGUCACCUUCACCCACAAGGUUCUCAACCGUCUCUCAGCCAUGAGCAGCGCCCUGACCGGCUUCCUCUCGCUCGAGCGCCGGGUCGCCAAGCGGGUGCAAGAGCUGGUCCAGGAGCCCACGUCGGACGUGGGAGGCCUGGUGCAGAACUUUGUGGAGCACAUCCAGCAAGGAGCUGGAUCCCGGCACCCAACCAGCACCGACAUGCUGCAGGAGAUACGGAAUAUGAUCAGCAGUCUGAAGGGCUACCUGGGCGAAAGUUCGGAUCUGCGCGCCGCCUACGGUGAAUACAGUGACGCCGAGGAACUGGAUCUUGGUUCCGUGAUGGAAGACGCCCUUUACAAAUGCAUCCUGAAGCCGCUGAGAGAUUUGAUUUAUGCCCAGUUGCUGGACUUCCGCACCCGGGACGGGUCUCUGAACCGUUUGCGUGAAAAUCAGCUGACCUUGAGCCAGCAAAGCUUGGAAGAGCUCGGAGUGGCGGCCGGGGUGCCCGACGCGGCUUGCCUGGAGCGUAUCCAGACCAAGCUGAGUCUCCUGCACCAGGCCUACUCGCCCAAGAAGAAGGAGACGCAGAUGCUGAAGAUCUGCAAGAUGCUUUAUGAGGCCAUGAACCUCCACUGCGAGAAGGCAGAGCCGUUUGGUGCCGAUGACUUCCUGCCAGUUCUCAUCUACAUGCUGGUGCGCUGCGAUGUGGUGUCCGUACAGUUGGAUGUGGAGUACAUGAUGGAACUGAUGGAUCCCAGUCAGCUGCAGGGAGAAGGGGGCUACUACCUCACCACCUGGUUCGGGGCUCUCUACCACAUUGAAAACUUCCAAGCAACUUUUACCCUCACCAGACAGAUCAGCGUGGAGGCCCAGCACUCCAUCCAUCAGUGGCAUCGCCGCCGAACCAUCCAUCACCACCAUCGCCGCAAUUUGCAGCACACCCUCUACGUCUCCUUCCAUGAACCCUUCAAUAACCAGAAGACUAUCUCCGUCCCUCCCGACAUGACCACGGCAUUGGUCUGCGCCGCCUGUGCGGAGAAGUAUGGCGUCUCCGACGGUGCCGCUUAUGGCCUUUUUGUGAUAUCGGACAACUCCAGUCAACUCUUAACGGAGGACAGCUGCCCCCAGAAGAUCCGUGCAGAUCUUCUCCAAAGAGAGGGCAGCGUCAAUUUUGUUUACAAGCCCAAAAAUAGCCCCCGGACUGCCUCUGCUGCUGGUCUGCUUCAGGAAGCUGUCAACUUGACCGAGUCCCGCAAGCCUCUUGAAAAGGUAGAGUUAACCAGACAUCAAGUGAACUACAGCAGUGCAAAGCCAGAACUGAAAAUUGCACGCCAAAAUCCCCAAGUCUAAUUUUCCUUUCUUUAGAUACCUCCCAUGCCCCCCCGUGUCCAAUCAAAUUCAAAGAAGAUAUUUUCAGAACGGUCGCUUUGAUAUGCAGCUCUAUUCCGUUCCCCAACCGCUUGACCUUGAAACCCGUGUCUCGGGGAGAUAGGGUCAACUUUUCGUUUUCCUUGAAUCCCCCCAGCUCCUCCGAGUUCAUGGCAGUCUGGCCCCGAGCGAUAGCCAAAGGCAAGCCUGAAGUGGCAGCUGACAUGAGGACUACAGGGAAGAAAUCUCUUGAGCAGACGAUCUUGAUGUGCUGAAGUGCUCACCUUGGCAGCAGCUCUCAUCAUCCUUAAAAUUAGUAACGCGACAGGACUGUUGUUAAAAGAUUGUUGGACCUCCCCACCCAAAACUGAGUUUCCCCAACCAGCCUAACACGAACCAGCCCAGAGGAACCGGGAGAAAAACAAGAACAGGUCUCCUACUUUCACACGUAACUUCCUUCUCUCCCCUUUUGCUCUUCGUUGCCUUCUCUGAUCAGUUUCUGCAGAGUUGGCCCCGUGUCUCCAAUCGUACAAAGCGAGGACAUUUUGCUAUCCUCUCCGGGUGGCUGGCUGGAAGGCUUUUUCGCCCACCCAAGACAGAUUUAUCGAGUGGAUUCUGGAAAAGUCAAUUAAACGUACUGGUUUAAUUUUACACGUCACCUUUUAAAAUAAUGUCCUUUUCAGAUCUUGGGCUCUGGCGUUUCCUCCUCUCUUUUUUUUCAAGAGAAUGGGAGCCAUGUCUAUAAAUUCGAUGCCGGCCUGGUAUUUUGAUUUAAGCCGUUUGUAAUUUUAUUUAAGAAGUGCAAAGAUGCAGCUAUCCCCCCCCUUGGUGAACCCUGCAUCCUCAUAGUGGUGUUUUGUGGAUAACAGUGGCCAUAAAGGAAUUAUUUGAAGCGUCCAAUCCCACUUUUUCCCAAUGUUAUUAAUAUCUUUUUACAAUCAAG